ACUGACGUUGUCUCUGUCGGUACCUACUCGUUAUAUAGUGGCUAAAAACAUUAAUUGGUAUAUUUAAAAAUAAAAGUUCUGUUUAACUUUACUUUGAUUAUUUAGUAACUCAAAAUGACUGUAGGGAUGUUAUCGAACAACAAACAGAAACCAGUAAAUAUUCCAGAGAUCGUCCAAAAGGCACACAAUACAUUCAACAGUGGUAAAACAAAACCUUUAGAAUGGAGGAAGAGGCAAUUGCAAAAUUUGUUGAAGAUGUACGAAGAGAACAAGAACCUUAUGAUCGACGCCCUUGCAAAGGAUCUCAGGCGCUGCAAGAUGGAGGCGAUCCUUCUUGAGGUCGACUACCUGAUCAAUGAUCUUACCAACACGCUGAAUAACUUUGAUGAAUGGACCAAACCUGAACGGCCACCAAAGGGAAUAGUUAACGUAUUAGAUGACGUAGUGAUAUACAAUGACCCUUACGGAGUUUGUCUCGUAAUCGGUGCGUGGAACUAUCCCCUGCAACUUCUUUUACUGCCCAUGGCCGGUGCCAUUGCUGCAGGAAACGUGGUCAUCAUCAAACCCAGCGAACUGGCGGAAGCAUGUGCUCAGUUCAUCGUCGAAGUACUUCCUAAAUAUUUGGAUAAUGAAGCAGUUAUCAUUGUAGAGGGCGGUCCAGAAGAGACCACAGAACUUCUGAAACAGAAGUUCGACUAUAUCUUCUAUACUGGAGGCACAAAUGUCGGAAAGAUAGUGUACGCCGCGGCCGUUAAGAAUCUCACUCCAGUCACACUAGAAUUAGGAGGAAAGAGUCCAGUUUACAUAGACAGCUCGGUGGAUAUGGAAAUAACUGUAAAACGUGUACUCUGGGGUAAAUUCAUCAAUGUCGGUCAAACUUGCAUUGCUCCGGACUACAUUCUAUGCUCUAAGGAAGUACAAGACAAGUUUGUUGAGAUAGCUAAGAAAGUUUUGAAAGAAUGGUAUGGAGAGGACCCCCAGAAGUCGCCUGAUCUAUGCAGAAUCAUUAAUAGUAGGCAUUUCAGCCGUCUCCAAGCGUUAGUAGACGCGAGUAAAGACAAAAUCGCUAUCGGCGGUCGCUACGACGCCCAGGAUCGUUUUAUAGCUCCUACUAUUUUAACGAACGUUACUGGCAGCGAUAAAAUAAUGGAAGACGAGAUUUUCGGACCUAUUCUACCGAUAGUUCCGAUUGAAAACGCUUAUGAAGCCAUUAAAUUCAUAAAUGCAAGGGAAAAGCCCUUGGUGCUGUACGUGUUCAGCACGAACAACGAGGUGAUAAAGAACAUUGUCGAGAAUACGAGCAGCGGCGGCAUGUGCGUUAACGAUACUGUCAUGCAAAUGGGAGUUGAAACACUCCCGUUCGGCGGGGUCGGUAACAGCGGAAUGGGAGCGUAUCACGGAAAGAAGUCCUUCGACACGUUUACGCACAAGAAGAGUUGCUUGAUACGAAACUUCGCGGGCAUCGGAGAGAAGCUUGCUUCUUCUCGCUACCCUCCGUACUCCGACGGCAAGCUGAAGUUCAUCACAACGCUCAUGAAGAAGCGCAGUGGACCGUCUCUCAAGUACCUGCCGUAUAUUCUCGCCUUCGCACUCGGGGCGGGAAUUUCUUACGGAAUUUUUGCUUGGCAGAAGGCGGCCUCGGAUGAAUUAUAAUCGCCGUGACUAUAAACGUGGUGUCACAAUUGUGAUAAAUUGUUACAUUUAUAACAUGUAAUUUUUUUUUAAAUUAAAGUCUUCAAAAUAAUUAACAAAUAAUAUACUAUCUAGAACAGUACUGUAUAUGUGAACACAUGCAAACAAUAGCUCAAAUCCCUACCUCACUAAUAAAAUUAUAACAUAUCUCACAUAUCACUUAAAAUAAUUAUUACGUAACUAUCAAAUUAUAAUCUGACGCACGAAAUUAAAACUUCAAAAGAGCGGGAAAUUUAAAGCAUUUUUGUAUGAUAUAAAUGAAAACUGAGGUUGAACCAAAGUGAGUUUGGCUUAAUGUUAUGUAACAAUAUCGCCCACAGUAAAUAGACAUAAAGACUUCAAAUUUUCUUUUAAAUGUCUAUUUAAAUACAAUUAUACAGUUAAAUCUUAUGGCUUGUUUGCACUAACCUAAUAAUAACUCAUAAAUGCCUUAUACUUAUUUGCAUUUUAAUAGAAUACAGUAAACAGGUAGCAAUUUACUCUCAGAUACUUUCAAAGGAUGCCCGACAGAGAAUUGAAGUGUGGUGGACAAAACUUACUAGAUAAAAGAGAAUGGGUACGCUCUGAAACAAAACGAUUUGUUUAAUGUAGGUAUUGAGCUCAAAUCACUAACCUGAUGCGAACAAGCCAAGAUAUAAAUGUUUAUGUCGCCAUGUGAUAAGAUUUACUUUCACGUGUCAGAAAUAUGAAUUGUUUUUUUAACUUCUUUUUUUAUACAAAAUAUUACUACAAAAUAUUGAUAGCAAGAAUAUCACAAUUAAAUAAUUUUAAUGUGUGCCUUUUAAUUAGAAGAGACCUAUAUUUUUAUAUAAACUACAUUAAUAGGGUUAAAAUAUAAGCAAAGGUGUUUAAGGUGAGAAAAUAAUUAUAAGUAAGUUAUUUGCCAUACAUAUAUAUUAUAAUUUGUUAUAUUAUAUUUUGUGAUAAUACGGUGAAAGAAAUUCUAAUUUAAAAGACUGUUACCUUCAAUAUAUUCUUAUGUUAAUAAAUGAAAUACAAUAAAUUUAAAAAAAUAUUUUUUAUUUUGUUGAAACUAUAUAUCUACUACUAUCUUAAAAAUUAAUGUAGAAUCUUAUAAUAUAUGAAGAUUUAUACUGUUAAAUUUCCUGUAAUAUUUAAGUAUAUACAUUUUGGGAUGUGUGUUAAUAAAAAGUAAAUAAGAA